UAAUGAAUACAUUUCAUGCAAGUGACAACGGCCGCAGCAUCAAACAGACAAGGGGUUAACGUGAUGAUGGAUGGACUGGAAGAUGAUGAAGCUCCCCAGGAGCUGGUUCAGUGCAACACCUGCAAAAGAUGUUUCUUCCCUAAAGUCCUGGCAAAACACACUAAAAUCUGCCAAAAGACGACGACCAAAAGGAGGAAAGUUUUUGACUCCAGUAGACAAAGAGCUGAGGGCACAGACAUCCCUACACUGAAACCUAUCAAACCAAAGUCACAAAGUUCAUCUGCUACUGUGAAAGCAGAGCCACCCAAGAAGCCUUCCAACUGGCGCAAGAAACAUGACGACUUCAUUGCAACCAUCCGAGCUGCCAAGACACUCACUCAGGUCAUUAAGGACGGGGGACCUUUACCUCCACCUCCUCCUCCUACGUAUGACCCAGACUAUGUUCAGUGCCCUUUCUGUCAGCGGAGGUUUAAUGAGAGUGCAGCUGAUAGACACAUCAAGUUCUGCCAGGAGCAGGCCGCCCGUAUGACCAGUAAGAGCAAGUUAGGAGAGACCAAGAAGGCCCCCAGUCGCACACAGUUAAAACCUUCAGCUCCUGUGAAGAAGGCCAGUUCUCCUGCUGUGUCAACCAUCCCGUCACCCUCCUCUCGUUUACCGCAGCGAUCAGGUCCUGGACAGUCCACUGGAAUCCCCUCUAGUAAAGUCCCCUCUGCAGGUUCAGUAAGGAGUAAUCUCUCUGGUCUCACAAGCCCUCCAUCAGGUGUUGGAACAAAGACACGUGCUGUGAGCUCUGGCUAUGGCUCUUUGAGGAACACUCACUCUGGACUAGGACUCAACAAGAAGAGAGUAGACACCAACAUAUCUAGGAAUGAAGUGGAUGGCCGGGACGAAGUGGAUAACGGUGGAAUAAAGAGCAAGUUCUGUCACUCGUGUGGGACCAAGUACCCUGUUGAAUCUGCCAAAUUCUGCUGUGAGUGUGGAGUCAGGAGGAUGUGUAUUUGAUGGUUUUCAGGAGUAGGAGGUAGAGGAUAGAAUAUGGCAGCGCUCAAGGUCACAUCAGAUAGUCUCAGCAAACCUCAUUUAUACCCCAAGUUUUCAAACUUUUGUUUCACAGCAGUGAAGCGGCUGGCGACUUUGUUUUCCUUUCUUAUCACUGUACACAUUGAGCUGAGGAUUAGGGCUGGUACGUUAUCUCAUAUUUUUCACACGGUCCUGCGGAAGAGUGCAAAUUCUGCCCUUUUACAUAGGAGAGGUAUAAUAACUUCACUUUCAUGAUAUAGGGAACUAAUAUGACAGAAACAGGGGCAACUCUGGUGAAGUUUAUCAGCUGUAUUCUUAUUAUAGGAUUAUAGGAUUUUUCUGCUGGCUGCUGUUCCAAAUGCCUCAGAAAAUUGCUGUGAAAUUCCGACGAGUCGAGCUCGAGGGUGGGUUGGAAAAUGUUGGAAAAACAAGAAAGUUGAAGACAGAAAAGAGUUGGAUAAAUAAUUAGAGGUGGGUGUGACUGCUCCUGUAUGUGAAUCCCCAGUCAACCAUAAUUCAAAACACAUUCCUUAAUCCCACCUGCAUCUGCUUACUCACAGACAAUGUUUUGUCAUUGAAGUGCAAUAUGAUUGACUACUGAAGAAAACAACAUGUUUACGUAAAAGGAAACGUUUGGGGAAUCUUUGGAGAUAUCGCCCUGAUUUAACAGGGAAUUGUCCUCUUUUAAUGCUACUAUAAUAGGCCUGGUGUUUCUCGACAAAUGUAGUAUUUACUCCAUCACCUUUACCGCCCCUCUCAUUUUAUGAAAUAAGUUUUUUUUUAUUUUUUUAUUAUUCCUUUAGAUUUCACCCAAAUGUAUAAUGGCUGCAUCUUUUUAUUCAUGUUCUUUAGCAUUCAAAUUUGUUUUAUUUCACUUUUUACAACACCUCAGUGGACUGAGGAUUGUUACAAGUUUUCUUCUUGAGAGGCUUCCUCUUGAGUCAGUAUUGAGUGCAUUAAGGUAUGUAGGAUCAACAGUAUGGUAACACUACCGUCAUUUUAAAUGCUUGAUAAAACCAUUAACAUUAUUUAUCACCCCCACACAGUUCAUUUACAGGUGGGACAGUAAGUAUGAAAGGUCUUUUAAUCGUGAACAGGUGUCUUUCAGAAUGAGAGUUUCGUUCCAAGUUACAAAAAUAAAAUGACUACAAUAAGUAGCACAUGAUGCAACAUGACAGGAAAUAUUUGAACAGACCGGACAGGUAUGUUUUCCUGUACCCGUGAUUACACAUUCUCGCUUACAGUUGUGCACUUAAUGCCAUGUAUAUUCACCAUCAAUAAACUUUGAUGAGGAAAGCUU